CAACACAAAGUACAUAACUCGACACCUGAACGAUACAAAUACACGACAUAUCAUCACUUACACACUAAACCGAACACCAACUACCACCCUCUUCCGAUCAGACCCGACAUAAUCCACACAAAACCACAUAACCACCAGAAAUUUCAUCAUUUAUUAUGGCCCCCCAAAAUAUCCUCGUCGUCGGUGCAACCGGCCAGCAAGGUGGUGCCGUGGUCAAGUCCCUCCUCGACCUCCCCGAGAGCUCAUCGCGCUUUCACAUCCUCGCCCUAACCCGCAAUGCUCAAUCUGAGCGUGCUAAGCACCUCGCCUCCAUUCACAAGGGUGCAGUCUCGCUCAUCGAAGGCGACAAUGCCAACCCCGACCCCAUCUUUGCGUCACAACCCAAGGGUUCCAUCGACAGUGUCUUCGUCGUCACCACCGUAGGUCAAAAGAUCACAGAGGAGCAACAAGCCAUCCCACUCAUCGACGCCGCCGUCGCCCACGGCGUGAAGCACAUCGUCUUCAGCUCGGUCGACCGCGGCGGCGACGAGAAGAGCUGGACCAACCCGACCAACGUCAAGCACUUCCUCGAAAAGCACAACAUCGAGAUCCACCUGCGCGACAAGGCCGUGAAGGAACCCGGCAAGUUCACCUGGACCAUCCUCCGCCCCGUCGGCUUCAUGGACAACCUGAACCCGGGCUUCCUGUGCUCCAUGUUCACGGCCAUGUGGGACGCGGCGCUGAAGCCCGACACCAAGCUCCAGCUGGUCAGCGUUCACGACAUCGGCGUGUUCGGCGCCAAGGCGUUGGGCGAUCCCGCCGAGUGGUCGGGCAGGGCGGUCAGCCUGGCCGGCGACGAGCUUACGCUGGCGGAGGCGAAGGAGAUCUUUCACAGGGUCAUGGGGAAGAAGCUGCCGCAGACCUUCACCAUUUUCGGUAGGGCGUUGAUGUGGGGUGUGAAGGAGAUGGGGGAUAUGUUUGCCUUCUUUGAGAGGGAGGGGUAUGGAGCUGAUAUCGCGGCCUUGUGCCGGGACACGCCGACGCAGGACUUUGAGACUUGGUUGCGCAAUGAUAGCAAGUGGCCGAGGGAGUAGGACUCGCGGGUUAGGUGUUUUUGAUAGUUUUGUAAUGUUACUGUAAUGUAUCCUAGGUACCGACUUACUUAAUUUUAUCAUCUCCUGUCAGCAGUCAAAACGGCGGUCGGGUUGUUCUUACCGGGUUAUUGUUACAGGUCACUCUUACUGUUGACCGGAGGUAUCGGGGUUUAA